AUGGCCGUCCUCGUAUCUGCCGCGUGGCCUCGGGUCAUUUUUCCUGUCGCCAGACACACCAGAAUGUUCCGACUUUGCUGGUGUCCAUGCGGCAUCUUAGGAGAAACCAUCAGGUGGUGCCGGAAAAAUGCGGCCGCGGCCUGCAGAAAGGCAGGCGUCCAGUGCUCGGGUGAUUUUACUCCGCGUUGCUCGCCCGCCGGUGCACGGAUGUUACGCCUGCCGCCUAAAUCUGGAGAAAAUUUGGGGCGCAUACGAAAUGUCUGGGCGACUUUUGCGAGAAGAAUAGCAAAGCUCGGAAACAGAGAGAACCAGGGCAGAGCCCCCACAUGUGGCAGACUCGGGGCUGCUGGAAACGGCCACUGUGUUGCCCCAUCUUUAGACACUACACGAUAUUUUUUAGGGAAAAAAUGGGGCCCCGGAAAACGUGACUGGAGUCUGCAGGCAACAUGCAAUUUUUCCGGACAACGCAAUGACGUUACGGGCAAGCAAAAUUUUUAUCUCUGA